UAGUAAUUUUCCCCCCUGUUAGAAUGAGUGUCAUUGCGAUGUAAUAAAAAACUACAAUUCCAUACAAGCCAUUUACAGGAAGUGACAUCAUUUUGGAGGCAUUUUCAAACUGUGGAAACUGAGGUAAGCUUCUACUAAGACUCUCUCCUCACUAUUUUUUAUCUUAAACAUGUUACUCCCUUAUGGGUCAAGCUUAAAGUUCCCCCCUGUUAAGCUAACUUAAGUGGAAUGUUAAUUCAGUUUUUUUUUUUUAAUAUUCAAUUUAGUUAUUAAAGUAGUGUUAAUCUACUGAAGGUCAGAUAGCUAAUUUUUCAUCUAUUAAGGAGCUAGCAUGAGAUUAGCGAAAAAUUUUCCACCCUGUCGGGUUCCCCCCUGUUAGAACUAUGAGCCUAACAGGGGGGAAUGGGAAUCUUCCAGGGUGGAAAUAUUUAAAUUAUAUUAUUGUUGUUAUUAUUAUUAUUAUUAUUAUUAUUAUUAUUAUUGUCAUUAUUACUAUUGUUAUUGUUAUCGAACCUGCAGUUCAUGGCAAGCCCUCUUUACAGAUGUGGGCUUUUGUCAACUAAACACCUGGAAGAGCUGACAGACGCAUCCAUGUACAACACUGUAUCCAAAUCCUGUGCCUAUGGAGAAUGUGGCACUUGUAAGACCACGGCCAUCCCAACACUCCGGCCUGCCACAAAUGGUCCCCUGAAAUUCCAGCAAUGGGCAACAGAAUGCAUUUCAUCAGAGGACAAGAAAUCCAUCAUAACAGUGAAGAAAGAGCGUACCAUAACGGAGGAUGAGGCUAACGGAAUUCCAAGACAGGAUGGUGAAAUUCAGAUGCCACCUAUUUAACAUCCGCUGGCAAUACAGGGCAUACAGGGAGCUGAGGGAGAAUCUGCUGAGCCACGAGUGCCUGCUGCACAUAGACUUUAGUGAAAAUUAUGUGUGCCAAUACAGUGAUGAGGUGCAGUCUGUGCAUUUUGGGGGGUCCCACCAGCAGGCCACCCUCCACACAGGCGUGCUGUAUACAGCACAGAAUCCUCCCCUUCCGUUCUGCUCAAUCUCACCCAGCAGACGGCAUGACCCGCCGGCAAUAUGUGUCCACCCAGUGCUGGAUAUGAUCAAGACAAAGUUCCCCGAAGUCAGCUGCCUGCACUUUUUCAGUGAUGGCCCAGCGACACAGUAUCGACAGAAGGGGAACUUUUUUCUUCUAUCCAGGGAACCAUUCAAAAAUGGGUUUCAAGAGGUGACCUGGAGUUUCUUUGAGGCCAAUCACGGCAAAGGGGCUCCAGACGGUGUUGGGGGCACCCUCAAACGUUCAGCAGACAGGCUUGUUUGCAUGGGCAUUGACAUACCAUCUGCUGAAAUGCUCUACACAAAACUGAAGGAGCGGGAAUCGGCUGUGCAGCUGUUUUUUACAAGGGAGGAGAGUGUGGAGGCCAAAGUGCAUGAAAUGUUACAGCUACCCCCAUUGACAGCCAUCAAAGGGACCAUGCGCAUACACCAGGUCCUCAGCAAACAGAGAAGCAAGAUCCUCUACAGAGAUGUCUCUUGUUUCUGUAGAAGACAGCAGGGGGUGAUCGACUGCCCCUGCUAUGAGCUGAAAGAGGCAGUCUUGCAAGAGGAGGAAGCUCAAGGGCAAGAGAUGACGAGAGCCUCUCGGCCAGAGGUAUUCGGCGCCGACCAUGUCGGAAGGUGGGUUGUGGUCGAGUACGACCACGACUUCUACCCUGGAGUCAUAACUCGGGUAGAAGAUGGAAAUGUGGAGGUGGACUGUCUACACAAAAAAGGGAUCAACAAAUUUUACUGGCCAAGCCCAAGGCGAGAUAUAAGCUGGUACGAUGAAAGCCAGGUGCUCUGCCUCAUCGAGCCAACAGCCGAACCAACAGCUCAUGCAAGAUACUUGCAGCUUAAUACAGCCACAUGGAAACUCAUUGAAGAGCAAAUGUAAUGAACCAUAAUGAUUAACUGAUAUGUGAAUGAAAUUAUAUGUAUGAUGAUAUGUGAUGAUAUAUGUGAUUUGUGUUAUUGUUAUUGUUAGGCUAUAAUAGCUAAAUGUUGUUGUUUUUAUUAUUGUUAUAAUGGCUAAAUUGAAACGUAUGCCAUACCGCAGAUGAAAUGAAAUAUGUGAUGAUUUGUGUUUUUCA